AUAUUAGAUUUAUGCAGGAUGUUGCGUUCAAGUCGCAAGCCGAAGUCGACAAGUUCGACUUCCCCAUCUCCCCCAUCUUUUCAAGAAUCAUUGGACUAUUUGGAUGAUAUAAUGUAUUCAGAUUCAGAUUCAGAUGACUACCCAGCAUCACCAGUCGAAGAUUCUUCUCCUACUUCCACCAAUCCCUACGGGUCCGCUAGCUCACACUCUGAUAGUAAAAAGCACAAUUCCAACUCGACAAUGAGCGAUGAUCCUUCAAGUGUGAUGGUAUUUCCUUCGCCAUCUCGCGAAACUGAUGCGUCGGAUGAUUCCUCUCCGCCAACCCCGGCUUCAUCCUGGACACCAAGUGUUUCGUCUUCCAAAAAUUCUUCAUCGAAGAGCUCCUCACACGGAACCACUGGGACGACGUCUGCAUCAACCAAUACAUCAGAGGAGUCACGCCAUAAGUCGUUUGACAUCCCACUGGCUAGCGGUGUAGACAAAUCUGUGGUGGAUAAGAAACCGACAAAUAAUUCUGCGUAUCAGUGGUCGGCCAGUUCUUCGCCCACUGGAUCGGAGGCUUCCACGUUUACUCCAGCAAAGAUAGGGAACUCAACCAUGGCCGUUAACAUAACUUCUGUGCCUCUCAAUUCAGUAGCAUUCAACAGCGCUCCCCAAUCAAAAAAACCAACCUCUCCUCAGUCUGACAUACCGAGUUUAAAUCUCGUACGUUUGACUAAUUCGACGGCAGACUCGGGAUCGAAAGGAUCCGAGAAUCCAAGCUCGCAGACAGUCGAACAAGGCUUAUCCCGAACUACUAUCGUAGCCAUCGCUCUUCCGAUCUUCAUACUGCUAUUAGUUGCAAUGUCGGCAAUUUUGUAUGUUCAUUCACGAAACAAGCGAUCUUCCCGAAGCCACUCGGACAAUGCCAGUGAAUGGUCAUUUCAAGUGGUAGAGCCUGAGCAGUUUGCAACUCAGGAUAUCAAAUCCGAGUUACAAAGAUCAGGAACUACAUCAACUUAUGAGUCUUCUUCGUUCUCCCAGACUCAUCACCAAACAAAAGAUAAAGAUGUCCUUCAUACGGAUUUACCUUACCUUGACCCAACAGCCGUCGAACGGCUUCAACCAGAUCAUUCGUUGGAUGUACAUGCCUCUCGCCCUACCUCGACAAUCCACAUCUCUGCGGUCAAAUCCCCGGUCCCCAAGAGUCCUGGCCGUACUCCUGACCGUACAUCUGGCGAUGGUCCAUUUUUACAAAUUGCUCAAAAGUUUAUGAAUGCCCGACAUUCUUCUCAAUGGAUUUUCAGAUCUCAUUUACCUAGUCGUUUAUCAGUCAAACCACCAGUAACUGAUGCUCUAGUACCGCCUCCUCACCCUGUGGCACUUCCAGGUUUGAGAUCUUAUGGUCAGAAUCCUUCGAAAUAA